GCUCCAGAUGGCGUCUUCUGUGGGCAACGUGGCCGACAGCACAGAACCAACGAAACGUAUGCUUUCCUUCCAAGGGUUAGCUGAGUUGGUACAUCGAGAGUAUCAGGCAGGAGAUUUUGAGGCAGCUGAGAGACACUGCAUGCAGCUGUGGAGACAAGAGCCAGACAAUACUGGAGUACUUUUAUUACUUUCAUCUCUACACUUCCAGUGUCGAAGGCUGGACAGAUCUGCCCACUUUAGUACUCUGGCAAUUAAACAGAACCCUCUUCUGGCAGAAGCCUAUUCGAAUUUGGGGAAUGUGUACAAGGAAAGAGGGCAGUUGCAGGAGGCAAUUGAGCAUUACCGGCAUGCAUUGCAUCUCAAACCAGAUUUCAUCGAUGGUUAUAUUAACCUGGCAGCCGCUUUGGUAGCAGCAGGCGACAUGGAAGGGGCAGUACAAGCUUACGUCUCUGCUCUUCAGUGCAAUCCUGAUUUGUACUGUGUUCGCAGUGACCUGGGGAACCUGCUCAAAGCCCUGGGUCGCUUGGAAGGAGCCAAGGCAUGUUAUUUGAAAGCAAUGGAGACGCAACCGAACUUUGCAGUAGCUUGGAGUAAUCUUGGCUGUGUUUUCAAUGCACAAGGGGAGAUUUGGCUUGCCAUUCAUCACUUUGAAAAGGCUGUCACGCUUGACCCCAAUUUUCUGGAUGCUUAUAUCAAUUUAGGAAAUGUCUUGAAAGAGGCACGGAUUUUUGACAGAGCUGUGGCAGCUUACCUUUGUGCCCUAAGCUUGAGCCCAAAUCAUGCAGUGGUACAUGCCAACCUGGCUUGUGUAUACUAUGAGCAAGGCCUGAUGGAUCUGGCAGUAGACACCUACAGGCGAGCUAUUGAAUUGCAACCACAUUUCCCUGAUGCUUACUGCAACCUAGCCAACGCUCUGGAAGAGAAGGGCAGUGUUGCCGAAGCAGAAGAGUGUUAUAAUACAGCUCUGCGGCUGUGUCCCACCCAUGCAGACUCUCUGAAUAACCUAGCCAAUAUCAAAGGAGACCAGGGAAACUUUGAAGAGGCAGUUCGCUUGUAUUGUAAAGCAUUAGAAGUCUUCCCAGAGUUUGCUGUUGCCCAUUCAAAUUUAGCAAGUGUAUUGCAGCAGCAGGGAAAACUGCAGGAAGCUCUGAUGCAUUAUAAGGAGGCUGUUCGAAUCAGUCCUACCUUUGCUGAUGCCUACUGUAACAUGGGAGACACUCUAAAGGAGAUGCAGGAUGUUCAGGGAGCCUUGCAGUGUUAUACUCGUGCCAUUCAGAUUAACCCUGCACUUGCGGAUGCCCACAGCAAUCUGGCUUCCAUUCACAAGUAUUCAGGGAAUAUUCCAGAAGCAAUUGCUUCUUAUCGCACUGCUCUGAAGCUUGAACCUGAUUUUCCUGACGCUUAUUGUGAUUUGGCUCAUUGCCUGCAGAUUGUCUGUGAUUGGACAGACUAUGAUGAGCGAAUGAAGAAGUUGGUCAGCAUUGUGGCUGACCAGCUGGAGAAGAAUAGGUUGCCUUCUGUGCAGCCUCAUCAUAGUAUGCUCUAUCCUCUUUCUCAUGGCUUCAGGAAGGCUAUUGCUGAGAGCCAUGGGAACCUCUGCUUGGAUGAGAUCAGUGUCCUUCAUAAACCACCGUACGAACAUCCAAAAGACUUGAAGCUCAGUGAUGGUCGACUGCGUGUAGGAUACGUGAGUUCUGACUUUGGGAAUCAUCCUACUUCUCAUCUUAUGCAGUCUAUUCCAGGCAUGCACAAUCCUGAUAAAUUUGAGGUAUUCUGUUAUGCCCUGAGCCCAGAUGAUGGCACAAACUUCCGAGCGAAGGUGAUGGCAGAAGCCCAUCAUUUCAUUGAUCUUUCUCAGAUUCCAUGCAAUGGGAAAGCAGCUGAUCGCAUCCAUCAAGAUGGUAUACACAUCCUUGUAAAUAUGAAUGGUUAUACCAGGGGUGCUCGAAAUGAACUCUUUGCUCUCAGGCCAGCUCCUAUUCAGGCAAUGUGGCUGGGCUACCCUGGGACCAGUGGCGUGCUUUUCAUGGAUUAUAUCAUCACUGAUCAGGAAACUUCACCUGCUGAAGUUGCUGAGCAGUAUUCUGAGAAACUGGCUUAUAUGCCCCAUACUUUCUUUAUUGGUGAUCAUGCUAAUAUGUUCCCUCACCUGAAGAAGAAGGCAGUCAUCGAUUUUAAGUCCAAUGGGCACAUUUAUGACAAUCGGGUUGUGCUGAAUGGCAUCGACCUCAAAGCAUUUCUUGAUAGUCUCCCAGAUGUGCAGAUUGUCAAGAUGAAAUGUCCUGAUGGAGGAGACAACGCAGACAGCAGUAAUACGGCUCUUAAUAUGCCUGUCAUUCCUAUGAAUACUAUUGCAGAGGCAGUUAUUGAAAUGAUUAACAGAGGACAAAUUCAGAUAACAAUUAAUGGAUUCAGUCUUAGCAAUGGACUGGCAACUACCCAGAUCAACAUUAAGGCUGCCACUGGAGAGGAGGUUCCCCGUACCAUUAUUGUAACCACACGUUCUCAGUACGGGUUACCGGAAGAUGCCAUUGUGUACUGUAACUUCAAUCAGUUAUAUAAAAUUGACCCAUCUACUUUGCAGAUGUGGGCAAAUAUUCUGAAGCGUGUUCCCAAUAGUGUGCUGUGGCUGUUGCGUUUUCCAGCAGUAGGAGAACCUAAUAUUCAACAGUAUGCACAAAAUAUGGGCCUUCUCCAGAAGCGUAUCAUUUUUUCACCUGUUGCUCCUAAAGAGGAACAUGUUCGGAGAGGCCAGCUGGCUGAUGUCUGCUUGGACACUCCACUCUGUAAUGGACACACCACAGGGAUGGAUGUCCUUUGGUCAGGGACACCCGUGGUGACUAUGCCAGGAGAGACUCUUGCUUCCCGAGUUGCAGCUUCCCAGCUCACUUGUUUAGGCUGUCUUGAGCUUAUUGCUCAAAAUAGACAAGAAUAUGAAGACAUAGCUGUGAAACUGGGAACUGAUCUAGAAUACCUGAAGAAAAUUCGUGGCAAAGUCUGGAAGCAGAGAACAUCUAGCCCUCUGUUCAACACCAAACAAUACACAAUGGACCUAGAGCGGCUCUAUCUACAGAUGUGGGAGCAUUACGCAGCUGGCAACAAACCUGAUCACAUGAUUAAGCCUGUUGAAGUCACUGAGUCGGCCUAAAUAAUGACUGUGUGCACAGGAGAAUUACCCUGUACCUGAGCCUCAACCUUCUGGGGGAAAGGGAACUACUUUUUCCUUAUCUGUACAAUACCAUGCUGCAGAUGGGUGACAGACAAUGAUAAGAAAUAGCACAGCCAGACUUGCUUCCUGCAUGAUCAUGAUCAUGAUAGGGAGAGACACAAGAGAUGGGAAACUGCUGUUCCACAAGGAGUCUCCAUAGAAUUUUGCAGCAGCCAGGUGUCUGGAAGGUCUGGAAGGUAAGUCUGGAAGGUCUGAUCUCCCUUGGUCUUCCAUGGGAUGGAUGGUUAGUGUGGAAGGGAGAUAGAGAUUGCCCAGCCGUUUUGUGAUUAUCAUGGAUUGAUUGAGUCUUCUGAAUUAAUAUUUUUCUUUAUAUUUUGGGUAUUGGAGCUUUUAAAAAUGUUUGGUUUCAGGUAUUUUUAUUCAUGUGAAGUGUGUACGAUUCUCUUGAGAUAAGCUUUUAAGCUAAAAUAUUCCUUGUUUUAGUUUCUGAACUCGACAGAUAAAUGGGGACUUUGCUGGUAUAGUCUUUUUAUAGGUUUUGU